AUGCUGGCCUCGAUUCGGGGCAGCAGCUCGUCGCUGUUGAGGACGUUCUCAACGUUCCUAAUACCCUCGAAACCACCACUCUCGGCGUGUUCAUCUCAUUCUCGCAGCUAUGCCACUGAAAUCUGGAAACACACUAAAAACGUAGAGGUCGAAGCCGCUCUUGCCCGUACCCAAGACCUCUUCAAGAAAUACAAGCCUGUAUCACCAGGUAUUCGCCACCUCCGCCGACCACUCGUGCCCCACUUGUAUGAGGGCAGACCAAUACGUGCGCUCACCGUCGCACGGCGCAAGAAUGGGGGGAGGAACUCUCAUGGCCACAUCACUGUGAGGCACCGUGGUGGUGGACAUAGACAACGUAUACGCACCUUGGAUUACAUGCGUGAUGCGCCGGGAGUUCAUAACGUCGUGAGGAUAGAGUACGACCCUGGUCGUUCGGCGCAUAUCGCCCUGCUAUUCAAUAAGGACCCUACCGCGGAGGCGACGAAGAAAUGGAGCUAUAUCAUCGCGACGGAGGGCAUGAGGGCUGGUGAUGAAGUGCAGAGCUUCAGGCAGGGGAUUCCUGACGGGUUCAUCCCCGGGUUCGAAACGGAUAAUUCUGCACAAUCGCUCGCAAUGGGUAUUCUACGCUCAAUGACACUCAAACCGGGCAACGUCCUUCCUCUGCGAUUGAUUCCCCCCGGCACCGUCAUUAACAACGUUGCGCUUUCCCCCAAAGGCCCUGGCAUCCUCGUCAGGUCCGCUGGUUCGUUUGGGCAGGUUAUCGCCCAUGAGGAAGGAGGCCGAUAUGUCCAGGUCCGGCUGCAGAGUGGGGAAGUGCGCAAGGUGCUGAAGGACUGCUGUGCGACUAUCGGAAAGGUCAGCAAUUCAAUGUGGAAAAGCCGACAGCUGGGUAAAGCUGGUAGGGCUCGUUGGUUGGGGAUUCGACCCUCUGUUCGUGGUGUCGCUAUGAGCGCUUAUGACCAUCCUCACGGUGGUGGACGUGGAAAGUCCAAGUCUAACAAGCAUCCUGUGUCUAUUUGGGGCUGGGGCACAAAGGGUACCAGGACAAGGAAACCUGGACCUAAAGGCCCGAAAAAUAGCAACAAGAUGGUCAUUCGCGAGCGCCCUCGGGGUGUGGAGAAGCGGGGUAAAUAG